GGAGCCCAGCAGUCCUUGGAGGCAGCAGCUCAGAAGACAGGAGAGCCUCAAAGUUGUAUAAAUAAAGGGCCGAUAUGUUCAAACAGAAAAGAAUUUUACACACGCAAGCUGCACAUCGACAUGAUGCCGUUCCUGAAGGAAAAUGGAGACGAACUGGACUGUCUUGAAGAACCAGGGCCACCCCUCAGAGGAAAUCAAGACAGCCAAGACCCAGAACCAAGGAGUGUGACCCUUGACCGUGUCAAUGCUUCCCUUGCUGAGCACACCCAGAUCCCUGAGGCAGAUACUGUGCAAGAGGUGGACAGAGAUUAUGAUGUAAACCAUCUGCACAGAGGACUUCCAGGACAUGGGCUUGAGUCACCAGAGAGGAUGGGUGCUGUGGAUACAUCUCGUCUUCCAAGAGAAAGAGAAGGGAAGACUGAACCAAAACUGUUUAAACAGCAGACACGAGCCACCAUCAGUCAUGAGAGGGAGUUGACUGACAAAGCCAAGAGAAAGAAAAGAACCGAGACAAACAAGACCAAAGCACCCAAAAGGGAGAGAGAAGGAAAGGUCUAUGGGGAAGCAGGGGCCACUGUUGGAAAGGCAAAGGACUCACAAGCUGAAAAAAAAUUAGAAAAAAAAACAGGAGCUAAAGGGAAAAGGACACAGAAAGAAAGGAAUCUGGAGAUAGCAGCAGAGCUGAAUGGGCCUGAUGUCAUUAACUCUAAGGAAACAGAAGACAUAUCAGAUAGAAGUUUCUUCCCUUCAGCCUCUAUUGUAAAUGACCCUUGGCUUUCUCUCAAACAUGAUGCUCAGGACAGCCAAGUUUCUAUAGAUGGAAGAUCAUCACCCCCUCAAGCUCUAACUGUCACUGACAACAUGCAAUCUGAAGACGAGAGAAGCCAUGAUGACCCUUCCAAGGCCCUCCUCGCUAAGAGGGAGGAGGAGAAGGCUUCUCGAGACUGGCUGCGAACAGAGAGGGCCGAGAUGAGGCGGAUGGAGGUGGAGAGGAGGAGAAGGGAGCAGGAGGAACAGAGGUGGCUCCAGCAGGAGCAGCUGGAAAGAGCAAAGAAGAUGAAGGAAGAGCUGGAGCUGGAGCAGCAGAGACGUGCAGAGGAGAUCCGCGUGAGGAAACAGAGACUCGAAGAACAACAGCAGCAGCACGAGGAGAAGGAGAAAAAGCAGCAGCUCCAGUUGCAAGCGGCCCAGGAGAGAGCCCGGCAGCAGCAACAGGAGUUCCGGAGGAAACUGCAAGAACUGCAGAGAAAAAAGCAGCAGGAAGAAGCCAAGAGGGCUGAGGCAGAAAAGCAAAGGCAGAAGGAAUUGGAAAUGCAGUUAGCAGAAGAACAAAAACGCCUGAUGGAAAUGGCUGAAGAAGAACGAAUAGAGUACCAGCUGCGGAAACAGGAAGCAGAAGAAAAGGCUCGACUGGAGGCAGAAGAGAGGAGGCAAAAGGAAGAGGAAGCAGCAAGGCUGGCUCUGGAGGAAGCCAUGAAACAAGUCCAGGAACGAGCCAGGCAAAAAGCUGCUUUGGAGAAACAUCUUCGUUUCCAUCAACAACUCCAUAAGGAAGCCAGUGGUAUGCAGUGGACACAGAAUAUUUCCAGACCAUGGAUUUACUCUUAUUUCCAGUUCCUACCAACACCCAGGCCUUAAGGCUAGAAGAAGACUAAAAAGUAAGUUGGUAGGUGGUGACAAAAAAAAAAAAAAGAAACUUCCUUUUACAACAAAGUUCCAUCCUGAGCCCAAUUAGUUCUAUUUCAUCUGGUUCACCUCAACCCACACCUAAGAUUUUCUCUACUCUGGAACCUCCAUUCCCAUUACUUCUUCAUACCACUCACACUUCAUUCAACCCAAUUAAACUCUUAUCUCACCUAAAUCUUUUAUGUUUUCUAGAACCAUAUAAAUCCAGAAGCUGAUGCCUAAAACUGCCCAUGAUUUCAUAAUUUCAAUUUGAAACACUAACAUGGUCUUCUUAGGAUAGUCCAAGUAUUUAAUUUGUCAGUGUGUCUGAAAGAGUUGUAGAU